GAAUCUUUCCUUCUAAUUCGGAAGGUCAAAAUCAUGGAAGCCAUGUUGAAGCUUGCGCUAGGCUUCUCUGUUCUCACCACUCUGUUUCUCACGUCCUCUGCUCAAAACUGCACCAACUACACCUUCAACAGCAGCAGAGUCUUCUCCAGGUGUCGUGAUCUCCCCCACCUGAGCUCUCACCUCCACUGGACCUUCAACCAGUCCACCGGCCAGCUCGAUAUUGCCUACCGGCACGGCGGAAUCAACUCGACCAACAAAUGGGUCGCCUGGGCCCUUAACCCCACCGGCAGUGUGUCCGCCGCCAUGCCCGGAGCUCAAGCUCUGGUAGCCAUACUACAAAAUGGGACCACCAGGGCGUAUACCUCGCCAAUCUCCAGCUAUGCCACCUCGUUACAGGCGGGGAAUCUGAGUUUUCCGGUGUCGGGAUUGGCGGCGACGUAUCAGAACAGGGAGAUUAUCAUAUUCGCUACUCUCACUCUCAAUGGAGGUGCCAGUUCGAUGAUUCAUACUUGGCAGGAAGGAGUGGUCUCUGGCUCUACUCCUCAGGCUCAUUCCAUGAGUUCUGAUAAUACCAACGCCAAGGAGACCUUGAAUCUUGUUUGAUUCAGUUAUUACUUAUGCAUGCCACACACAUAUACAGUAUCUUUGUCCACAUGUCAUUUGAUUAAGAAACCGCCGUGGUCAGGUCUUCAUGGAUGUAAUUUCAUUUUAAUAAAUCCGCUGUUGAAUAUAAAAUCUAGCUAGUUUUGACAUCUUAUAUUAAAGACUGGACUUAGUUACUCAGUAAUGUGAUAAAUGACAUGGGUAUAGAAUAAAGUUGAGAGUUUUAUAUUAA